GAGAUUUCUUCUGAGACUUCCAAAAUGGUUUUCAGACUCACUGGUUAAGAGUCAGCAACUUCCUGCGAGGACUUCAUACUUUCAGCUCUACGUCUCCCCAUGGCAUUUUGACCGCGCUGAGCCCAAGGGACCUGCUCUUCACAAUGAGUGACGAGAAGAAUCUGGGUGUGUCCCAAAAGUUGGUUUCACCCUCAAGAAGCACAAGUAGCUGUUCCUCCAAGCAAGGAAGCCGGCAGGACAGCUGGGAAGUGGUGGAAGGAUUGAGAGGGGAGAUGACUUACACCCAGGAGCCGCCUGUGCAGAAAGGAUUUUUGCUGAAAAAGAGGAAGUGGCCCUUAAAAGGCUGGCACAAGAGAUUCUUCUGCCUGGAAAAGGGAAUCUUGAAAUAUGCCAAGAGCCAAACUGAUAUUGAGAGACAGAAGCUGCAUGGCAGUAUUGACGUGGGGCUCUCCGUGAUGUCUGUGAAGAAGUCAUCUAAAUGUAUAGACCUCGACACUGAGGAGCACAUCUACCACCUGAAGGUGAAGUCAGAAGACGUCUUUGACGAGUGGGUAUCCAAGCUUCGUCACCACAGAAUGUACCGGCAGAAUGAGAUCGCCAUGUUUCCCCGGGAUGUCAACCACUUUUUCCCAGGGUCCUCUGUCACAGACUCUGCCCCAGGAGUAUUUGAGUCUGUUUCCAGUAGGAAGCGCAGCAGUCUAUCAAAGCAGAAUUCAUUUCCAGCUGGAAGCAAUUUGUCAUUUUCUUGUGGUGGGGACACACGAGUUCCAUUCUGGCUACAGUCUUCAGAGGACAUGGAAAAGUGCUCGAAAGACUUGGCACACUGCCACACUUAUCUGCUGGAGAUGAGCCAGCUCUUAGAAAGCAUGGACGUCUUGCAUCGGACUUACUCGGCGCCAGCUAUCAACGCCAUCCAGGGUGGAGCUUUUGAAAGUCCCAAAAAGGAAAAGCGCUCGCACAGGAGGUGGCGGUCCAGAGCUAUUGGCAAAGAUGCUAAAGGAAUGCUGCAGGUCCCUAAACCUUUUUCUGGCCCGGUGAGACUGCACUCCUCCAAUCCUAACUUGUCAACACUGGACUUUGGAGAAGAGAAGUCUUACUCGGAUGGUUCUGAAGCCUCGUCGGAGUUCUCCAAGAUGCAGGAGGACCUGUGCCAUGUCGCCCAUAAAGUUUACUUCGCUUUAAGGUCAGCUUUCAAUAGCAUAUCGAUGGAGAGAGAGAAGUUGAAGCAGCUGAUGGAGCUGGACACCUCCCCCUCCCCUUCUGCUCAGGUUGUCGGUCUGAAGCACGCUCUGUCAUCCGCCCUAGCUCAAAACACAGAUCUUAAAGAACGGUUACGCAGAAUCCAUGCGGAGUCUCUGCUCCUCGACCCGCCCGCUGGUCCCAAGCCGGGGGACAACCUGGCAGAGGAAAUCUCCAGGGAUGAAAGCCGAGCCCUGGUGCACCAGCUCUCCAACGAGAGCAGGCUGUCUAUCACCGACUCCCUUUCUGAGUUUUUCGAUGCCCAGGAAGUUCUGCUAUCUCCUAGCUCUUCAGAAAACGAGAUCUCUGAUGAUGAUUCAUACGUCAGUGACAUAAGUGAUAAUCUGUCCUUAGACAACCUCAGUAACGAUUUAGACAAUGAAAGACAGACCUUGGGUCCUGUUCUCGAAAGUAGUGGGGAAGCCAGGUCCAAAAGGCGGACCAGCCUGCCAGCGCCGGGUCCCAACACCAGUAGCGUGAGUGUGUGGAGCAUCCUGCGCAACAACAUUGGGAAGGACCUAUCCAAGGUGGCCAUGCCGGUAGAGCUGAACGAGCCCCUGAACACACUGCAGCGGCUCUGCGAGGAGCUAGAAUACAGCGAGCUUCUGGACAAGGCUGCGCGCAUGCCCAGUCCCCUGGAGAGGAUGGUGUACGUGGCAGCCUUCGCCAUCUCUGCAUACGCAUCCAGCUACUUCCGAGCAGGCAGCAAGCCAUUUAACCCGGUCCUUGGAGAAACGUACGAAUGCAUCCGACAGGACAAGGGUUUCCAGUUUUUUGCCGAGCAGGUCAGCCACCACCCGCCUAUCUCCGCCUGCCACGCCGAGUCCAGGAACUUUGUUUUCUGGCAAGAUGUGAGAUGGAAAAACAAAUUCUGGGGUAAAUCCAUGGAAAUUGUCCCGAUUGGUACUACCCAUGUGACUCUGCCUGCGUUUGGAGAUCACUUCGAGUGGAAUAAAGUGACCUCCUGCAUCCACAACAUCUUAAGCGGACAGCGCUGGAUCGAGCACUAUGGUGAAAUUGUCAUCAAGAACCUGAGAGACGACUCCUGCCACUGCAAAGUGAACUUCAUAAAGGCAAAAUACUGGAGCACUAAUGCCCACGAGAUCGAAGGCACGGUAUUCGACCGCAGCGGGAAGGCUGUGCACCGGCUGUUUGGAAAAUGGCACGAGAGCAUCUACUGUGGCGGCGCCUCCUCCUCCACGUGUGUCUGGAGAGCAAAUCCCAUGCCGAAAGGCUAUGAGCAGUAUUACGGCUUCACACAGUUUGCAUUAGAGUUAAAUGAAAUGGAUCCUUUGUCAAGGUCUUUAUUACCACCCACCGACACUCGUUUUAGACCAGAUCAAAGGCUUCUAGAAGAAGGAAACAUAGAGGAGGCUGAGGUGCAGAAGCAGAGGAUUGAGAAGCUGCAGAGGGAGAGGCGGAGGGUCCUGGAGGAAAACGGUGUGGAGCACCAGCCCCGGUUUUUCAGGAAGUCCAGUGACGAUGCUUGGGUGAGCAACGGGACCUACCUGGAACUGAGGAAAGACCUUGGCUUUUCCAAGCUGGACCAUCCGGUCUUGUGGUGAAAUGUAAGGGAGAGAGAGAAUCCCUGCACUUUGCCCACAGUUGCUUCCGGAAGCAGCACACGCCUGUCUGUACGUUUAAACGAUAGCAGCCAGAACGAUCCCUUGUGCUUAGCGUAGCAUCGUGAGCACUGGAGUAUAUACUUUUCUUCAGUAAGUCUCUUUACAGUUUCAAGUGUUAUCACGGUUGUUUAUAUGAAUGUAGAACGCCUCGGUAUUUCUUUUUAUAUAUAAACUAUUUAAUAAAAAUGAAAGGUUGAAUGUUAA